AUGCCACCACUGCUGCGUCUGCUGCCACUGCUCCUCAUGCAGGUCAACAUCAUUAACAGCUUCCAGCAAGAAACUGAUGAUCGCCCUAAUCAAAUGAAGGGAGAGAGCUACCGGCCUCUACAGCGAUCCAAGAGAAGAUGGGUACUUACCACCCUGGAGCUCCAGGAGGAAGACCCAGGACCCUUUCCCAAGCUUGUUGGUGAGCUAUUCAAUAAUAUGUCCAAUAACAUGUCACUGAUGUAUUUAAUCAGUGGACCUGGUGUGGAUGAAUUUCCUGAGAUUGGAUUAUUCUCUAUAGAAGAUAAUGAGAGUGGAAAAAUAUAUGUUCACCGUCCUAUUGAUCGGGAAACGACACCAUCGUUUAUGGUUCACAUUGACGCCAUGGACCGUUCAGCGGGGAAACUUGUGGAUGAAUCUUUGAUUUUCCACAUUAAGAUCAGCGAUGUGAAUGAUCACGCACCCCAGUUUCCUGAGGAGGAAUUUAAUCUCACCGUGAAAGAGACCCAUCCUGCAGGUCAACCUAUUUUUCAGAUGUUAACAGUUGAUUUGGAUCAAGAAAACACUCCAAAUUCUCAAGUCCUUUAUUUCCUCGUUUCUCAAACACCAUCGCUGAAAGAAAGUGGCUUCCGGAUUGAUCUCAUGAGCGGAGAAAUACGACUCUCAGGCUGUUUGGAUUAUGAGACGGCGCCUCGGUACACACUCCUGAUACGAGCGAGGGACUGUGGAGAGCCGGCCUUGUCAGCCACAGCCGCGGUGCACAUCAGCGUGGAAGAAGGCAACACCCACAUGCCCACCUUUCCCCAGGACAGGUAUAAGAUUCAGCUCUCUGAAGGUCAAGUCUACCAGGGCGUGUUGCAUUUCCCGGUUCAAGAUCAUGAUUCUCCAUUUACAUCAGCUUGGAGAGCAGAAUUUAGCAUACUAUAUGGCAAUGAGGAGGGCCAUUUUGAUGUUGCGACUGAUCCUGAGACCAACCAGGGGAUUCUAAGCGUUGUCAAGUGUCUGGAUUAUGAAACCCAAGCAGCUCACAGCCUGGUCAUUUCUGUGGAAAACCAGGAACUGCUCUUCUCCUGUGAAGAGGGUCAACUGCAACCAUCCAGGCAGGCAUUGGCCAGUGCCACAGUGAGUGUGCUGGUAGUGGACGUCAAUGACCCACCCACCUUUCACCCGGGGAGCUUCAUUGUCAGCAAGGAGGAUGGAGCCAGGCCUGGAAUCCAGCUGGGAGCCUUCAGUGCUACGGAUCCAGAUGGGGCUGCAGACCAGAUAAGAUACAAACUUGUUCAUGAUCCAGCAAAUUGGGUCACUGUGGAUGAAAACUCAGGAGUGGUUACUACCAGGAGACAAAUUGACCGGGAGUCCCCUCAUGUAAAUGACAGUUUUUACACAAUCAUUGUCCAGGCCGUCGAUAAUGGCUUACCACCACGGACUGGCACAGGGACCCUCCUGCUUUUCCUGUCUGACAUUAAUGACAACGCGCCAGCUCUCCGGUCCCACUCUCGCUACCUGGAGGUCUGUGAGUCUGCCAGGAGCCAGCCUCUGCUCUUAGAGGCAGAGGAUGCAGACCUGGAGCCCUAUGCAGAGCCCUUUUCCUUUGAGCUGGACACCAGCUGGGGAGAUGCGGCAGACACGUGGACGCUGGGCGCAAGGCAGGACGAAGGCCGCUCUGCUGAGCUCCUAAUGCUGAGAAGCCUUCCGCCCGGGAAUUACUUCAUACCCGUCGUCAUCGGAGACAGACAGGGCUUCUCCCAGAAGCAGGUGGUGCAUGUGCGGAUCUGCUCCUGUCCUGGUGAUCUCAAGUGUGAGGAACACAUGCACACAGGGCUCCUGUGGUGGGCCCUGUCCCCAGUCUGUGCAGCGCUUAUGACUCUGGCAGCUGCUCUGCUUUCCCUGCUGCGAUGCUACUUUGAGUUGGGACUCAGGAGACACAGAAGCUUCACCCCAAGUGACAAUGGCCACCAGACCCUGAUUGUGUACAAGCACGAGAGCAAAGCCCAGGGUUUUGGCAAGUUCUUCGAACCAAGAAGAGUAAAAAGUAAAUCUUCUCCAGUCGACUUGGAAUCCACAUGGCCCAGAUGUCCCCCACAACCAAGGGAAGGAAGGAUGGUAGAGACAUGGCAUCAGAGGUUCCAUAAUGUUGAUGUGUGGAAGGGUGACGCAGACCACCUGCCUCGUGUCUACAGUGAGGAGGGAGAGUGUGAAGGCACCGAGACCCUCAGCUCUCUGACCUUCUCUGAGCAGGAGCUCUUCAAGGAGCUGCUGGAGUGCUGGGGCCCCAGAGCUGCUCCAGCAGAAGCCCCAAGCUCUGUACAGAGCUGUGAGCUGAAGGAUGACAAUGACGACGGCACCGAUGCACUGUGCCACUGCAACAGCCAGGCUGGUUUGUACCCUGCGCAGGUGCACCUGACCUUGUUGCUGGCUCCUGCCUGUGGCUUCCCUGGUCAGGGCCUGGCCUUAAAGGUCGUGAGCACCACUGAAUAUGGGCGGAAACAGAACGCGGCCUGCCGGCAUCCGUGUAGGUCUGUCUGA